CGGGAAAUCGUGUCGCUUUGUGUUAAUCUUGCAACCCGUGCAGAUUUCACGCAAUAAUCUACUCAAAUAUCACCAGAAUACCCCAUAUUGAGUAUCCGGGAAGUUUUCGACGUCCGCAACUUACAAUAGACCAUGUUACCUCCAACCAGAGUCCAGAUCAAGAGGAAGGCCACUGAGGAUCCUGUGGAGAUUUUGCGUGUGCACGAUGAACUUGCCAGGGGUCGAAAUGCUGGCCAGUUUAUAUUCAAGCGACAACGAAUCGUCCAGGGCUCGCGACCAAAUGCAUUCACCGUCGCGGACUCUGCGGGAUAUACAUCUGCUCUAGAAAAUGGCCCGAGAGCACCACAGGUUAAAACCAGCCAACCAGGGGAUGAAUUUAGAGACCAGCCGGGCCGAAACCUGAGCAACACCCAGCCUGCUGUCCCUCCGGAGACGCGGCACGUUACAAUGAGACAGGAUGAAGUUGGAGCUGUGCCACCCGCGAAUAAUAGAGGGGCUCCGGACGUAGCACGAUUACCUCGAGUAAUUGCGGAACCCCGUCGCUUCCACCUGUCUCGAAAACUGGUGCAUGGGGCGGGAAAUAAUAAUGUUGAGCGUGCAAAUGCAAGGAGAACACCUGGCAAGACAAAUAUCGCGGUGUUUCGCGAACGCAAGGUUAUUCCUGCAGCGGAGACCGGACCGCCUACGGAAACGAAACCCCCCGCCCCUUUGGAUGUAUCUAGGACGGAACCGCAAAACCGCAUGACGAGCCAGGAGCCUGUCAAAGAGAUCGGUAAAAAACCGAGUGUCUCCCUUCUGCGCCUUACGCCUGUCAAUGCUGUCAAGCCCCGUAGAAACUCACCCGCUCCUCUCCGAGGUGCAAGGCUGCCAUCUGGGGAUAUAAUACCGUGGGAUGCUAGUACGGAGAGACUUAAUAUGGAAAUGCAAGCCUACACGCUUAGAGAAAUCAGAAAGAACCUUGCCGACAGCAAUGAGCCUCAAGUUACGGUACCGCUAAAGCCAGAACCCGAGGCCCCCAAAAGUCCUGCAAGUAGAUUCAAGCCGAGGGCAGGUGCAGGUUUGCGCUACCACGAGCGCCAUCCCGACGCUGUGACUGCUCAGGGAACUGAAGCGGACAGCGACAUGCAAGCUAUGGAUGUGGACGACGAUGACUCAAAUUAUAUCAUCGAGACGUACAUACGCAUGCCAGUGGAACAGGCUCUCCUCGAAUCAAAUGAGACGAGCAUUGGCUUGCUGGUUUUGGAUUCCCAGCCGGACAUUGAUCAGUUUUACAACGGCGACUCGGACAGGGAUAGUGAUACGUACGACGAGGAAGAAGACGAAAAUGCGGAGAAUCACCCUUCAACGGAUUAUCCGGAUGAGGAGGUACAGUCUGAUGAUGAGUACGGCAUUAAUCCGUACCAGUAUCGAAAUAGAAACACCUCGGAUAAUGAAGAAUACGACGAGGAUGAUGCUACGUUUAGCGAUGAUGAGCGUGAAGCCAAGAAAGAGCCAUGGUCCCGCCGCCCGUGGAUGCAGGCCUACUCUGGCAAGAGUGACAGGAACGACGAGGAAAGGGAAUCGUACAGAUCACUGUAUAAAUGAUGUGCUUAAGACCACACUCGAGUUUGUCUAGAUUUAGAUCUUGAAUUAAUUUCCGGGUGGGGCUUUGCACACUAUAUAAGCCUGACCUAAAACGCGCCGGUGCUGGACAAAAUCGAUAGCAUAGUGAUAGAUAGCCAACGCGCCUUUUUCGUUCCCGAAAACUCCAAAUGAUACAUUUUUGGUGGGUAUUACAAGGAAAAACAACCAGCAAAAAGACGACGAGACGCCAAUUGGUUCAUAUACAGACGGCAUCUCGACGGACGAAGUGGGAAUCUUAGUUGUCGGAGUCUUCCUGAUUUGGGUAUUUGGGGUCAUAAAUCGUGUCUGGCGUCAUAUUAAGAGUCUUGCCAACAGUUGGGAACGCUUGUGCAGGCGUCGUUGCUGCUCAAGCAGGAAGCUUCCUUGCUAAAUUGCUUCAGAAGGUUGUUGUUCGGACUCGAAUAAUAGCUCCUGGAAGUUCCCCUCUGCCCUGUCUUGCGCGAUUGGCAACUGUGAUAGGUUAGUAUGUAAACAACACAGGCUUCGGGCAUAGAAUGACUUACUGAUAUCCCUGGCCUCUGCUUUGUCCUUCUCGUCCGUCCAUGAGUACUUCAGUACCUCCUCGGGACACCUGGUUACCAGCUUGAUAUAAUCAUCAAGAAUGGCUUUGUAGGGAUGGUUUAUCCUCUCCCGCACCUUGAUGUUCACCAUCUCAUAUUCGUCAUUAUGGUCGCGAACGAAAUUACCCUCGUCAUCGAUUUUGGGGAACAUUUGCGCCCGGUAGUAGCGGCAUUCCAGGGCUCCCUUUCCGCGCUUUGGGCUGUUGCUGCUGCUGCUGCUCUGAUGGAAGACAACUCGGGGGAACUGUCUCUUGAAGGGCUGGACGAUGGCUUGCCAUUGCACUUUCUUGUCCUCUCGGUAGUACUGAAUGAAAUGUACUUGCUCAAGGCUGUAAGGAACAUUUGAAUGUGAAGGUGUUGUUGGAGAACUUGAGCGUGAGCUCUGUGACAUGCUGCUACAGAUGCUGGAGCUGCUAUAGCCGCUUGGGCUGCUGUGAUGCUUGUAUUUAUUCCCAUGCUGAUGGAACUGGUGGUAGUCUUGAUAGUCUUGAUAAUAAGAAGAAGUGGACUGAGGAUUGGGGCCCGGGCUCGUCAACAGGUCCAGAGAACCCAGUGGUGGUAGUACCACUUCUGAAGUUCUCUGAGGAGGGCGAGGAAGCGUUGUAGUUGUUGUUGAUAUCCGUAUUGGUAGGAGAGGUGCGUUGCCACCGGGAACUCCGACGGUGGAGUUGAAACACCCUUCUGCCGCUCUCCUGCUACAUGGUAGGGACGUAGCACAUGGAUCAGUCUGAGGAGAGUGAGAUGCGGCGUCUUCGGUUGGAUUCAGUAGAAGAUUUAUUGAAAACCGCGGGCUUUUUUCCUGGCCAUUGAGAGGCAGCGAGUUGAAAUACAUCAUGACGAAUGUUGAUGAUGAAGUGGGCUGGCUGAGAGUAGUCUUAACGUGAAGUGAUAAUUGGCAACGAUAAUUCAUUCUCAUGGCCAGGCAAGCAAGUGGGGACAAUAUAUAAAGAGUUCGAAUCACAGGGGCAUUGUCACGGGAAGAACUGCACGGGAUAUUUAUGCAAAGGGCAGUCGAUGACAGGAAUUUGGAACUUGUGGCACAUGCGCGAUGGGUCUGUUGGCCUCGACAGCUGGCUCAGCAAGGUACAUUGCUGAACAGCAGCAGUGAAAUCAAAGUCUCGAUUGAUGGCCGAAUGUCACGUCUUGCCUUGACACGGUACAGGGAAGAUGGAAGAUACUCCAGACGAUACAUUGUGGAUAUGC